AUGGAGAACCUCAAGAGCUUGAGGAAAGCAGUUGAAGAAAUGGACAACAGUGAAGAGCAUCAAAAGCAUAACAAAGAGGAGGAAACAGUAGAGGAAACAGUAAAGGAGGAAACAGUAAAGCGGGAAACAGAAUCAAAAAUAGAGGAGGAGAAAAGGGAGCCGUCCCCACGUCCUCAAAUGUCUGGAAAAAAAAAUCGGGAAGAGGCCGAAGAGAAGCAAGAGCCGGCAGAGGAGGGUGCCGCGGAAAAAGAGGAUACCGCAGAAGAGGAGGGUACCGCGGAGGAGGAGAAAUAA